AAAGCCGGAUAAGUCCGAAAGAUGGCCGCCAUCAUGGUCUAAGCGAGGCACCUCGUUUUUCGCGUGCUAAAUAUCUACGGAGGCAUUCACGCUUCGAAAAACUAUCAACUUAUAUUUUCUACCCUCAAUAACAACCUCACAAAUUUUUUAAAAAAUGUUAAUGUGUGUUCACCAAAUUCAUGGAUCACCAUGAAUGAGUGCAAACAGUGUUAUCAAUGAUACUAGUGAGUUGAAUACGUUAUUAGGUGAGUGUUACGGACCCGAAAAUGCGGUGAGUUGCCGCUAAAAAAUAUUGGAAACACCUCUCGUCAGCUCAUGACGGAGAAACGAAAAUGUUGGGACGUUUAAUUGCCAGUGGGAGAGAUACGUGCCCGAAGCUCAAUAUGCCGUCUGUUGCAAUCACGCGGGAUUAUCCUGAAUAGUUCAGAAUCAUCAUCUCUUUCGUUAAAUGAACCCCAACUAAACAAUGCCAGCAGUAAGUGUGUGUGACCCAGUCGCUUCAGCCCUGCGGCAUUCGCUGGAUGUGCAAACCAAAUCCCACGACGACAUAGCUGUAUCCCUGGCGAGCAAUGCUUCCCGCAUCCUUCAGACAGAAAUUGAUUUCGAGGAGGGUGAUGGAUAUCAAUCAAAGGUCCUAGACCACCUAAAAGCCAAGUACAUAGUCCUAAGUCUCCCGCCAGAUUCGCCCGACCCGUUGAAACCGAAGGAGCAGGUUUCCAAAAAGUCCCAAGAGCCCAAACGCAUGGGUCCCUCCUUACCAGAACCAACAACUAUCCUGUACCAGCCCAGCAAGAUAAUCCUUGGCUGGAAAGGGAUCCUCCCCGUAGGUUCUGGAAUGUACAAUGUUGGCAACACCUGCUACUUAAAUAGCACCUUGCAAGCCCUAUUCCACGUGCCAGCUCUUGUCAACUGGCUGCUAUCCGACCCCCAUCACACCUCAAAAUGCGAUCAUAAUGAAAGUGGUGGUGAGUGCCUUACCUGCGCAAUGUCAAAGACAUUACAAUUCAGCCAUGAAAAAUCUGGCAAUGCCAUAAAACCUUUUUACAUCUACAACAAGCUAAAACUAAUAUGCAGAACAAUGGUGCCUGGCCAGCAAGAAGAUGCCCACGAAUUCUUGAGAUAUCUCUUGGAAGGAAUGGAGAGAGCUUAUUUGUCUCGUCACAAAACCCUCAAACUCGAUUCAUAUUCCAAAGAAACAACACCCAUCAAUCAGAUAUUCGGUGGUUACAUAAGAACCGAAGUCAAGUGUCUACAGUGUCGUCAUGUGUCGACGACAUUUCAACACUUUCAGGAUCUUCUCGUUGAUAUAAGAAAAGCAAAUUCCUUGGACGAAGCGCUGACAAGUUAUUUCAGCAAAGAGCAACUUGACAACAAUGAUUAUAAAUGCGAGGCUUGCAAAAGGCGGGUGCCUGCUACUAAGCAAUUUAGUUUAGAAAGGCCACCGAAAGUUCUCUGUGUGCAACUCAAGAGGUUCAGUGUAAUGGGGGGUAAGAUAUCACGGCAUAUUGGCUUUAAACAGACUGUCGAUAUGGGCCCUUAUUUAUGGAGGGAACCGGGGGAAUCUCCGAGAAAGCUCAAUUACAAACUUAUGUCCAUGGUUACUCAUAUGGGCCCUUCUGUCAAUUGUGGGCAUUACACGGCUGUUGCACAGGUAUCAACGGGGCAGUAUUACUCGUUCGAUGACUCAUGCGUUAGAUCAAUCAAUCUUACUAAUGUGUUGAGCACUAAUGCGUAUAUAAUGAUCUUUGAAAUGGAGCCACAGACGAAUAAACUACCAAGUCCUCAGCCAAAGGUCAAUGGGGUAAAUAUUGUCAAGGGUGCGACAAAUGGAAAUGGUGUUAAGGCGAUGAGUCCUAAGCCCUCGACAUCUGGGGUUAUGAAUGGUGUCAACGGGGUUAAGAAGGAUCAGAGUCCAGUUAUAGGACCCCAAUUACCGCAAAAGGUCAACGCUCAGAAGAAUUCCUUUAUUGGCCCUCAGUUGCCGCCUAAGAUGGUGGAUAAGAGCCAACCGCGAUUGGUCGUUCACAUUAAGAAUGGAAAAGUCUUGAGCGGAAGCAGUCUCGUGCCGUACGAUGGAUCUAGUGAUGAGGAAGAGGUUUGUGGGAAAAACGGCGUAAAUCCUUCCGGUAAAGGGGUCAAUGGGGGUAUCGCCAAAGUCAAGGAGGCAAAGGAGAAAAAUCCUCCCGCGAUGAAGGAUGUCAAAAGGGACAAGGCUUCAAGCCCACUUGGACAAAAUGGUAGGGUCAGUCCCAAGCAGAAUGGCAAGGGGGAGAGGGUGGAGAAUGGGAAGGAGAAAUGGUGCCCCAUCAGGGUUCACACGGAGGAGAGGAUUCCCACUAAGGCUGCCAGCAGCAUUAAUGGAUGGGAGGUCACUAAGGAUACACCAUCGCCUACUUCGGGGGCUACACCCAAUGGAUGGUCCGUUACUGAUAACAAGGAAGAGAAUAGAAAAUCAAAUCAUACAUCAGCACCGAGUGCAGCUGCACCUCGGAAUUUCAACGGGACAAAUCGCUCCGAGACAGUCUCACAUCUUUUGAAGAUGUCACAUCGUGGAUAUGGAAGCCCAUCGGUUACGAAUUGGAAUGGCAACAGAUCUCACCUUGAGCGUGAAGUUGACACGGAAAGGAGGGAGGAACGCAAACGCCAUCAUGAUCCUGACGAUGAGGAAAUGGACCGAGGUAGAACGAAGAAAUUGAAGAGUCAUCGUGAGUACGAGGGCCGAUCAAAUCCUGGCUACAAUCCCUUUCAAGAGUAUCAGAAUGGUAAAACGUGGAAUCGACCUAGCAAUGGAUCUUACCACAGACGAAAUCAUUACAACACUUCCAGUCACAAUCGUCCACGCCAUGGUGGUAAUUACAGACAGCAUUACCGAUAUCACGGACACAAUCGCGAGCACUGGCAACGUAGAUAGAAUGAUAGAAUUAGGGGAAUUUAACUAUUAAUGAGAGAUAAAACAUAAUGGAGAAUGAUUUUCGUUCAUUCUCGAGCAAUAUUUAAUCUGAAAAUUAGGCAUUGCAUUUUUUGGAGUGAUGAUUGUUUACCUCAGGGGGGGAUGGAUCUUAAUUUUUCUAAAACUAAUUAAACAUUAUUUUCUCUCAUUUCUGAAAUGUCAAAGAAGAAGAUUCCUUCGAAAUUAAAUUGAAUCUUUCGUGGAUAUCUUGAAAAGAAUCAUAACUAUCGAAAGAUGUUACUUAUAAUUUUUUAAUUCCAAUUUUUGUAAAACCUUGUGUACAAAAAACUUUUCACUCAUGAUCUAGAAAUCCGGAUGUAUUCAGUCAGUUAUUUGGCCAAUAUCUUCCCGACUGUUAGACUUAUUCAAAAAUAUGAUAAAAUCUUUUUUGUAGAACGCUAAAUGUUCUACAAAUAAGAUAAUGCGGUAUUUUUCGAUGAAUGCGCUAAUUCUUGGAAAUGUUCUUCUCUUUUGACCGCUCGAUUUAAUUUCAUAUUAUUUCCCGUGUUUGCAAUUUUACACUACGCUAAGAAAUGAAAGACUCAACUUGCCGUUAAUGAAGAAGUUCCUGGAAAGCUAGAUACUUGCAUAAUUAAACGAAAAAAGCAUAUUAACAUGUAAAUCCGUCCUGAUUCACUAACAAUGUAAACCUGCAGAAUCAUGCCCCUUUGAUAAAGAAUAAACCUAAAGAAUAAAGCUUUUAUCAAAUGAAGACCAUAAACAGAACUGAAUAUACAAUUUUUACAUUCGUUUCUACCUAUGAUACAAUUAAUUAAUGAAUAAUGGGUUGGAUUACACCUAAAUUUUUGUUUAGCAAACAAGAGUAAAGGGUUCAUAAUAUUUGCACUAAGUGUAUUUCAUCAUUCUCCCCCCAUUAGAGCCUGGUUUUACAGUUGAUUAUGAAGAGAAUUCAUGUGAAAAUGGUUCACAAUUAAACUUAUUAUUAUUUUCAUUUUGUUAAUCUCGAGCGUUUACUGAAGCGUUAAAUGCCUAUAGGCGCUUUCAGCAUUAAUGACUAAGUAACUGUAAUGAAAAAAUUUAUAAAAACAAAUAUUAAGGAAAAUAAUGAUUAUUCUUAGUGUAACGAUAGCUGUAAAUUACUAAAAGAAAAAGAGAGAGAAAAUGUAAUUUUAAGGCCUUUUCCACUUGGUAAAACACGAGAUAAACGAAUCGUGAGGACAAGGAAUGUUAAUGUACACCGGGGGAUAACUAUAAUCCCCCAAUGUCAAUUUGUAAUAUUUUUCCUAUGUACCCAGUAUCAAUAUUGAUUGCCCUCGGUGUGCACAUUUAAUAAAUCAUUACCUCGUUUUACUAUUCUACGAAUUAAUACUAGCCAAAAAACAUGAAAUGCGACAAAAAUGUUAUAUUAAGUAUAGGAGCUGCGUAAUUCAUUGUAAACAAUUAGGAAUUUGUGAACUAAUGACACAUUCUAUUUAACUUCUGUUAAAGAAGUAAAUUCGGCAAUGGACUGGUGAAAUGGGACGAAUCGUUUUCUUUUGCGUCAGUUAUUCUUAGAUAUUUUUUAUCGCUAGAGUUUUUCAGCCGCAGCGAAGAUUGAAGGCAUAAUUCUGAUUUUAUUCAGGAGAGCUUCAUCCAAAGCUAAUCCUUAUGAACUGAGAGUAAAUUCAUAAUUAUGUUGUUGGCAAUUGGCUCGGCUAUACAAAAGCUUGCACGAAGAUGGUCUGAAGACUCUUUUUGAUUUUCAGUAAAAACCUAGCUGUCCCGAAGGUAAAUCGAUCAUCCUGUUUCACCCCUCGAUUUCCGGGAGGAAAAAUAAAAGAUUGCCGCCAGAAUUGAUUUGUGUAUAUCGAGAUACUCGAUCUCUCCUUCAAUACACGUUUGUAUAAUUAUUUAAUCUGGUGUGAAAAUCCAAACUGGCUGUUGUAAUAAAAUUGCAGAGAAAAAGAGAAACUAAUCCGAAUGAAAGAAAGAAAA